AUGAAGAUUAAUUUAUCCCUCGGCAAGAAAACUAGAGGCGAGGAGGCGGGACAAAAGACGGGUAACGAGGAGGGCACAUCGACUGGGGCAUUGAAGAAGGGAAAUCAGGAAGGUGAUCGAAAAAGCAACAAAGAGGGAAAGGCAACAACCAAAGAAAAAAGUGUGAAGAACCAAAUAGAGGAUUUCUUUGUGACCUCAGAUGAUGAAGAGGAACCGUACGAACUGGAGAACAACCAAAAUAGAAAAAUAAAUGAAGAAAAGAAUAAACAAAUCGAGAAAGAAAUAAGAGAAUAUAUUUAUGAGCAUGAAAAUCCGGGGGAAACAAAACCAAGGGAGGAAUUAAAAAUUGAUCACACAGACAGGAAGAAGAAAAUUCGCUACCUGGGUUAUAGGGCCGACGAGUUGACGAAGCUGCAUGAGGAUAGAGCGAACGGGUUGGGGGGGAAGAAGCAGUAUGACGCCUUCUAUAAGGAACUGGGAGAGACCAGAAGCCACCGUCGGGGUAAUGACACAUGGGGGGAGAAACGAUCGAAGGAAUAUUUGCCGAAACGUCCAAGUGGAAGAAAGAGCACAGAAAGGGAAGACACAGCUGCAGCCAAGGCCGAAGUGGAGAAGGAAAUCCGUAUCGAUGACAUAUUCAAUAAGAGGGAAAGCGACCAGAAGGGAAAGUCCAAAUACAUGGACGCCCUCAUUGGUAGCGCAAAACGAAGGGAAUUGGAAAGGGAAAUGUUGAUUCAGAAAAAACUCAAAAUUGAUACAUCCAAGGAAGAAAAAGUUUUUAUAACGAAAGCGUAUAAAAAAAAAAUUCAGGAGAGGGAACUAAUUAUGAAGGAUAUGCAGCUGGAGCACCACCAGGUGCAGGCUGAGAAUCGGCAGUCCAACUUCAACUUGAAUUUGUUUCUUAAAAAUAUAAAUGCGCCGUCCAAUUAUAAUCGGUCGAAUAGGCGUCCCCAUUGUGAGGAGUAA